GGAUCUUUAGAUGAAUGACUUUAUCAGUGAUUUAUCAUGAUUUUAGUUAACACAUGCAAAUCUUAUCUUGACAACCUCAGAACACACAAAGCCUCACACACCCUGCCCCAAGGGGGUCCCAGACCGCAGGCUAGAAGCUAAUGCCUUAGGUCAGGAGUGUCCAAACUAUGGCCUGGGGGCCAAAUGUAGCCCUCGGCCCAUAUUUAAUUGGCACUCUGCAAAUUCUAAAACAAAAAUUAAAAUGUUUUCUUAUUGACAGGCGAGUAUAGUUUUAUGUUACCUUGGGGGCUCGUCCGGCAAGGUAACAUAAAACUAUACUCGGCUGUCAAUUAGAAAACAUUAUAGUUUGUGAAGAUAGAAUGAAUUUAUUUGGAUUUGCGUAUGUUUUACUUUCAGCUCUAGGCCACACUACUGUGCUGAUUCUGUAAACAAACAUUUUGACACAACAAUUCAUUGAUGUCCUUUUUUUCAUGACUUAACUUUAACACAUAUCAAAUCACUUAGUGUGUCUUUUCCUAAAUUGGACUGGAUUGACUUACUUUGAUGUCAUAAAGGGGAGGUAUAUGAAAGUGGUCCCACCAUCCUUGAAAUUUUCUGUAUGUGGCCCUCUACGGAAAAAGUUUGGACACCCCUGCCUUAGGUGGACACAUUGUUUUAAUUCUGUUUUGAAUAAGUAGAGGGGUUUCUCCCCCAAAUCCUUCUCCUCCAGCCAUUUUUAGCAGUUCACAUAUGCAGUUAAUCAUUUCCCCUGACACAUAACCCGCAGCAGUCAUGUCAGGCUUUAUAACAAUACUCAGUAUAAACAAUCAGUCAUGUCAAUGAUGGUUUUGUUUGCUUGAGUAAGUCAUAAAGAGGCAUCACCAUUCAUUUCAGUCUGCUUCAUAACCAUGUAAAAACUCCCAAGAGGAGCUUUAAUAUCCCUUUAAGUGCAGGACAGUAAACACAGCAUGUAAGGAGUUAAACGUAGAGGGAUUGUUGUCACAAAGGGAAGCGAUCAUAUAAUAUGAACACUAUAACACGGCUGUAUUAUGUUUGCAUUUAAUCUUCCACAUCUUCAACCCCACCCUCCACAUGUUUCAUUGUCCUGAAUUCCCGCCCCUCCUGCAACUGAUCCCUGUGAGUAAACCAUCAGAGAUGCCUGAUCCUCCCCCUGCAUGCUCUCCUGCAGAAAAACUGGGAGCCACACUGACUCACAGCUGACUGGAAACGCUCUCACAAACUCAGUGUGGAGGUUCCACCAGAGAAGAAGGAACAGAGAGCUAACGAGCCUCAGAAAGCGAGCAGAUUAAGACGCAGGCUCGUUUAACGCUCAUUGUCUGAAGAAGUUGCGUAAGUGCAACAAAUACCAAGGCAGGCGGCAGCAGAUCUCUGGGGAUUCAGACUGGACUCGAAGAAAAAGUUCAAAUUUCAGCCUGCUUGGAGUUUUGAUAGGCUCAAAAUGUCGAAACCGAAUUUCACCGGCACGUAUCAUAUGGUGGAGCAGGAGAACAUGGACGCAUACCUGUCUGCUUUAGAUAUAAAUUUUGCUUUGAGGAAGAUUGUGUGUCUGUUGAAGCCCACCAAAGAGAUCACCCAUGACCCGAGCACGGGGUCCAUGAGGAUCCGCACCAUCACCACCUUUAAGAACUUCAACAUGGAUUUCACCAUUGGGAAAGAGUUUACUGAAGAUCUGGGGCCGGUGGACGGCCGAACCUGUCAGACAACAGUGAGCUGGGAUGGAGCGAACCUGGUUUGUGUACAGCGAGGAGAGAAAGAGGGACGAGGCUGGACUCACUGGCUGGAGGGCAACAAGCUGCAUUUGGAGCUGAGAGCUCAAGGCAUCGUUGCCAAGCAAGUCUUCAAGAAGGCUGAGUGAAGCAUCUGAACGUGCUUUUUAAUGAAGACCCUCAAUUUAUUCUGAAUAGAAUAUAUCUGAGAAACUGGCUAAAGCUUUGAUUUAUGUGUAUAAUUUUUUUUUAUUAUAAUCAGCAUUAUUUUGACUGAAUUUCUGUACAUUAUUAAUUGUUUCCAUCUGAUGGUACUAACUGAGAAAAGACCACAGAGACUGUGUAAACAUCCCCAGCGUACAUCCUUAUAUUGCACUAUCUAUCUCCAAUAUGUCAUAAACAAAUCAUAUCCCGUU